UCUAGAAAGAGCCCUGAGUUCUCAACUUGGAAUUCCGAGUUGGAUGACCGUUCAAAACAUAUUUUCCCAGUCGGAGCUCAUUUUUUUCCCUUGUUCCCAGUUGUCUAGAACUCACUGAAGAUUUCUGAGAUUUCUCUCUGUUCCGAUUUUCCAAUUGUUUUGAACGCGGUCGAAGUCAUGCUGGAUUGACAGCAUGGCCAAUGUAUUCAAACGUUUCUGGCCCAUGGUGUUGAAUGUUUAAAAAUAAAAAUAAAAACAUGUAGAGAAAGAUGUGUGUCAUGUAUGCUAGAAUGGAAGUUUAAAAAUUACAGCUGCAUAUUAAAUUUAAUUAGGCAAGUCAGUUAAAAGCAAAGUCUUAUUUUCAGCCUAGGAACAGUGGGUUAACUGUCCUGUUCAAGGGCAGAAUGACACAUUUUUACCUUGUCAGCUCAGGGAUUCGAUCUAGCAACCUUUCGGUUCCUAGUCCAACGCUCUAACCCCUAAACUACCUGCCACCACAUAUAGCAUACCUUGAGGAAAUGUGCAAGAAUUAAUAUGACCAACAAAUGGAAAUGUGUUCAGGAAGAUAAUUGUAUUUUUUCUUCUUUUUUUUGUUGAAUUGAGGGUUUGUAAUUAAUACGACUCCAAUGUAUGUUUCUUUACAGUAACAUAUAUUUUGUAUUUUAAUAUGAAAAUAAAAAACAUAACAUUGAAAGUAUUUUGUGUAUUAAUUUCAUUAGUGGGUGCAGAUGUUUUGCCAUCAUCUUUGAGGCACCAGUGACUCAAUAUCACAGCCUGAUCUCAUUGACUGGACAUAACACAGUAAACGUAAAUCUGAGACACUCAAAUUAGUAUGAUAUAAGUUACGUUUGGUAUGGUUACAUAAGACAGAUGGUUAUUUAAGGCAAAAACAGAAGUAAGGUGGUUGGUCGGGGUAGGUGGGCGUAUAACGCAAACAAAGGUUGCGAGUUUGAAUCUAAUUAGCAACUUUUCAACUACUUACUCCUUUUUAGCUACUUUGUAACUACUUAACAUGUUAGCUAACUCUUCCCUAACCCUAACCGUAACCCUUUUAGCUAACCCUUCCUCUAACCUUUAUCCUUUAACCUAACUUAUCAACUUUAACCCUAACCUUAACCCUAACCUAGUUUAGCUAACGUUAGCCAGCUAGCUAACCUUAGCCACCUAGCUGGAAUUUAUAAGAUAUCAUAAAUGUAGAAAAUUCAUAACAUGGUGUACAUUUAGCAAAUUCGUAACAUAUAAUACGCAUUGAAAUUCGUAACAUAUCAUAGUGUAACGACCUUGGGUUUAUAAACUCAGAAAUCGACUCUGCCGCACAAGCAUGCUAGGCCGUCAUUGAAAAUAAGAUUUUUUUUGCGGCACUGUCGAUAGCGCGCCGGACCUCGGGCUAGAAGGUCGGGGGUUCGAGACCUGCUCCCUUCUGUUUCAUUACAUUGGUGUCAGAAGUACAAUAUAAAAUGGGUGAUGGACAUCCAAAAAAGUAAUACAUACCAUACGAAACCUAACAUACUGUAUCACACUAAAUGGAGGGUCCCGGGUUAACAUACAGAAUAAUACUAAAUGCUCUGAGACCAGGUUGAAUAUCAAUGAUUGACAGUCUUAAUUCUUGGCCAAUUAAGCCUCAUUAUUGUGCCAAAUGUUGCGAAGAGCUAGGCCUAUCCAUCAAGCCUAGCAAGACAUUGCCAUCCCCCAUCAGGUCUGAAAUGACUGGCCUAUGUCAGAUUGUCUCAGGGUGACGCAUGUCCAGAACAAUGUCCCUGUCCAUGGUGCUGAAAUUGAGGCUUGUAAUUUGCCGUGCAUAUUCUCAAAGUAGCCCAUAUGAUUUCGUAAGAACCCUGGCUCGGAUAAACAGGCUUUGGUGUCACCCAAACAAUUGUCUUACCAAAAGUACAGUCAUUUUAACAUUCAUAAUAAAGACUAUCCUGUCCUAUCUCUGCCUUCGAACUACUGUUAUAUCGAUCCUGGCAAAAGUCGAUGUUGGGUACGGCCACUUCUUUCAAUAAGCUGCAUUUGAGUCGUAUGAUCAUCUCGGGUGUUCCGGUCACGAUGUCUUGUUUUCAUCAUACGACAGUAGACUACUGUACCAGCUCAACCCAACAGACGAUGAAGGAGAGGGAGGCUGCGCCUGUCGAAAUGUAUCGUUGCUCCGUUUCCAUACGUUACAAUCUACUUGCUAUGGUGACCUUGUUAUGAGUAUUUUGGCAAUAACUGUUACUGACGCAGCGAGAUGGUGCAGCUGUAAUGAAAACAUAUGUAUCCUGUUGUAGCCUCCCAGGACCGUUAUGCGAUGCGCCGCUGAUUUAUUUUCUGUGUACAGGCUAUCAUCUUUCGUUCUUGAUACAACGUUAUCGCCUGCAAAUGAUGUUGAAUUGAUCUCAAUUAUUGGACGAAUAUCCUAAAUGGUUUUGGAACAUUCCUGGAAAUCAAUCAUGUAUGGAUCGAAGGACUUGUUUAUAGAUCUCAUGAAUUUCAUAUCGUAAUUCUUUGAGACUCCGUUCGACAUUAUCUAAAAUAGCACGGAUGCAGGACAGGUGUGUAAUCAUGGAACCUACAGGCUCCACCUUGGACAUGCAGAUGGAGAGUGUUGAGAGGAGUACAGUGUUUCUCAGACAGGAACAUCUCACCCUACUGCAUGGCCUACACCUGGAGAUCCUGUCCUUGCAGAAACGAUAUAGCGAGUUGACAUGUGAGCUGAAUGUGAAGCCUCCAGGCAAGAGUGAACUGGACCUGGCGGAGGAGGAGGAGCAGCUGGAGGCCCGCUGUCUGGAGGUCGAAGAUCGCCGGGCCAAGCAGCAGUGCACACUGGGAGAGCUGUGUAAGGAGCUGACUCACAAGGGGGCGCUGGUUGGUGUGCUGCGGGCUAACCUCAAGGACAAGGAGCGCCGUUUCCUGGAUGAGCUGAAGCGCCGCAGCCAACGCUCCACGGUGCUCAACACAGAGCUGCAGAGGCAGACCGAGGCGGCAGCCUACCUCUCGUUCCAGCUGCACGCUGCCCGACAGAAACUGCAACACCAGCGGCUGCAGCAGAGGCAGCAGGCCCUCAGGGAAAACUGGGAGAAUAGGGAUCGUCAUCAUGGGAAUGCCCCUGGGCCCCAGUACAGCCAAGCAGCCGAGUGGGACACCGCCAUCUUUUCUCCCUUUUCUCCUCAGUCGCCCUCCGGUUUCUCCAAUGCCUCCAACACCAGCUCUGCCAUAGCCUCCCCUGUGGUCAAGCCUAAACGCAGGGGCAGCAGGACUAUGUCAGGGCACCAGCUCCGGGCGGAGAGGGCCAGGGAGUGUGUCCCCAGGGAGAGGGUGACGUGCCCUGCAGAGCCCACCGCCAUGCCUGACCCAGCGCUGUUCCUCCACCCUCACCGCAGGCACCACAGGUCCAGGGUCAGGCAUUCCUACUCCCUGGCCCACAGACAGAAUCCUCUGGUGGGGGAAAGAGGGGAAGAGGAGGGGGGUGGAGAGGGGCCCAUGGAGCCCCAGGACGGAGCUCCUCCCAGACUGGCAGCCACGGCCACAGCGUCACCUGCUGGCUGCUCAAACCAAGGCUGAAUAACUAGCCCCACUGUGACCAUCCCUAGAAAUGCAUCAUCAUCACUAUUAUCAUAAUCAUUGUCAUCAUCAUCAUCAUCGCUAUCCUCAUAAUCACUAUGACUAUCUGAUUUUAUUAAUAUUGUAAAUCGCCCAUUGUCCUGCACCAUUAUCGAAUUGAUACUGAGAUUAAUUUAGCAUUGUUGAUUAUAAUCCUAUUAACUCUAAUGACUGGUAUUUAGAUGUAUUGCUAUGAUGAACACUUUUUAUAAUGAUACAUUUUGACAUGACCUGAAUUAACCCAAACUUCCAGGUGUACGAACACCCAAUGAGGUUGUUGUUACUAAUCACUUCACGUCAAUGUGUAGAAUCAUGUAGUUGAAUGCAUUUACACUGGCGUCGCUCUAUAUAACGUUAUUAUGGGGCCUUAUCCGAGUGUGACAUCCUGUGUGGAGGUUAGUUUAACCUAUGGCCUGUUGCCAUAGACCACAGCGCCUACUGUGCAAUUACCUUACCCUGCUGUGUCGUUUUAGGGCCAACCAUAAAUCAACCCUGGGUUGCCCUUGUAGAAAACAUUUUCUGACCUCUGUUACGCUGAGUCACAGUUGGGUAGUGUCUGAGCAUCUGUGUAUGUCCUUGCUGUGAAUACUAUUGAAUUUCAGAUCUGCAUCGGUGGCCUUCACUUGAAAAGUUCCCACAUGGCCAAGAGGUGUAGUCAUACCGUCAUAUCCCACUGAAUCUUUCUUUAUUCCAUUGGUCAUACAAUAGGUAGGCCUACAGCACACCCUAUAUGUUAUACAAUAAUUGAAAGUAACAUUAGUCCACUGGCCUCACACACAGAUCUUAGUAGGUUUCAAUUAGUAGCCUUACUAAGGUUUCUAAGUAGCCUUAGAAACCUUAGUAGGUUUCAAUUAUAUUGUGUCUCUCACUUGAAGUUCAGUUCUGUAAGGAAACUAAACUAUACAGAAAACAACUACCCACAAAAAAACCCUGUGGGAAAAAGCUACCUAAGUAUGGUUCCCAAUCAGAGACAGCGAUAGACAGCUGUCCCUGAUUGAGAACCAUACCCGGCCAAAACAAAGAAAUACAAAAACAUAGAAAAAGGAACAUAGAAUGCCCACCCAAAUCACACCCCGACCAAACCAAAAUAGAGACAUAAAAAGCUCUAAGGUCAGGGCGUGACAGUUUGUUACUGUUUGUUUUGGGUUGAACUUAGGCUGUGGCUGAUUUGAUCUCACUAUUACUAGUCAAGCAAAAAGUGGUUAUUAGGGCCUUCUGGUAGAUUUGUCUCUUGUCUCAGAUAGCUGAGAAGAGAAAAUUCUAAUUUUCUUAAAUAAAGGGGUAAUUUUGGUUAUCUACAUGGUAGACUCCAAGCUCUGUAGACAGCAGCUGUUGAAAGCCAUGACGCUAUGAAACCAGCCAACAUUGAUUUGCACUUGGCUGACCCUAGUGGUGUAGUGAGAGAAUAGCACCCAACCAGAUGAAGAUGUGUGGUGUCACUUGAUCUGAACAUUUAACCUAGUCUCUUUUCCUUUUAAUUGUCAAAAUUGGUGGAUUUUACAUUCAACAUCAGAUAUUCUUACAUUUUGAAACUGUUUAUCUUGGUAGGUAAUAUAUCUUAACCCUUAUAUGAAUGUACAUAUAUCAUCUGAUAAUAACUCAAUAUAAUACAGAGGUAAUCUUUUUAGUAGACACUCUUAGCCAGAGCAACUUACAGUAAGUGAGUACAUACUUUUUCAUACUGGUCCCCCGUGGGAAUUGAACCCACAACCCUGGUGUUACCAGCACCAUGCUCUACCAACUGAGCCACACGGGAAAUGUUGACAAUGGGUUAUUUAAUACAAAAUAUUUCCUAUUAAUCAAUAUAAAAUGGAAUACUGUAAAAGCUAUUAGAAGGAUAUGUUUUAUUAUGAUUGUUUUAACUUAAUCUUUUUUAGGACUUAUUUAACUGAUUGUUUAAUAUAUGAUGUUUAUUAUAUCACAGAAUGUUAUAAAACUAUUAUGUUAUUUUCUGUAUUUAUCUGUCUGUAAGGCAUUUGGAGGAGGUAUUGUCAUGGAAUGCCUUGAAGAACAGAGGAUGGGUUGAAUUCAGUGCAGACAUUUAACAUUGUUGUUUUUUACAAUGUAAGAAGAGCUGCCUCAUUACUGAAAAGCCAUGAACUUAAACCGUUGCUGGCAACAAUUACUGUCAAGCCUCCCAAAAAAUGGCUGUGUCCCAUAGGCACAACUUUCAUUUUCUGUGUAGAAAAAUGUCCAGAUUCAUGGUCAAGGCCUCCAUAAUGGCCCUUAACCCUUAGCCUGCAAGCAAGCAAUUUAUCAUGACUGUGCACUAUUUCCUCAGCUUCUGAGAACACAUUCCCCAUUCAAUAUUGAAAUGACAGUAACAUGACAAUCCUCGUUGAAAAUGUUUAUAGAGUACAUGUUCUUCUUAGGGAACUAGAAGUUAGACUGUUAAGCUUUCAUGUAAAGCACAUGUCCUUGGAUGAUGUACUUGUGAUAUACCUGUGCUUAUAGUGGUGUCGGUACAGAUGUGGUCUGUGGCUAGAGCCAGCUAUGUCCAAAAAAUAUCCUUACUUUCACACGGACACAUUCCACUCUACAACUAAGCAAUAAGAACAGAUUAAACUGACACUUCAAAUCUUACACAUUUUGGACAUCGAUAUGUGUAAGUGACACGCUGAUGUGAUAUUAUAUCACAGACAAAUAACAAAUAAAAACACUAUCCCUUUAUUCUUAAUCAAAUAGCUAAACAGCUUUGAUAUACUGUUGAAUCAGAUUGUGGUGAAAAGUGUCUUAUGACUACAAUGAUGAGCCAAAGAGGCCCAACACAGUUGUAUGGUGUUCUGCCUUAGAGUAGUCCUGCUGUGGCUAUGCUGUGUAACGUUGCAGCAUAGACAUGCACAAUUACAUAGGAAAAAAACUAAACGUACCUUGUCUGUCAUGAAUGUUGAAGAAAAUUAUAUUUGAAUUUACUCUGCCAAUUGUCCGUGGGUCGAAAUUUGUGACGAAAUAUCCACAGGAAAGCAUUAUUAAACCAACUUCGAAACGCGGGUCUCUGUGUGUGGCAAUCAAUAUUUGUUUGCUCGUGACCUAAGGCAUGUGCACAAGACGGAAUUACAUGCACAAGAUACAUGCAUACUAACCAAAGUCGUGCCAGGUGAUAGAAAUUACAACGGCAGUACUGGCGCUCUGAAAAGUUGGAUAAAUAAUACUUUCCUGUGGAUAUUCUGAAGGACCAACCUCACAGAUAACAGAUAGAGUAAGUUCAAAUGGAAUUGUAUUGAACAUUCUGGCUUGUAAGGAAACUUUUUUUCAGACUGUAUACCAAGAAUUGGUAUCAGUCUGAUUUAUUAGGCAAGCCUUGUUCUCCUCUUUCUGAAUACCAGGAGAGGAUGAGUCUUAAAAGUAUUUUGUUGAUUCUUCAUAGAAAACUCAGAUCUUCCCCUUCUGCUCUCCUUGCUUCCUUCUGAUCCUUUGGGGAGGUGGCAACGAGAACAGACACAAGGAAUCGAGCAAUGACUUUUGAGAUCACCCUGGUAUCCUCACUUCUAUCUUCUAUCUGGUUUCCAAUUCCACAUUUACUAAAAUGUUUCUCUAUCCAUUUACUCACUAGCAGGAAGAAAAUGAGGAUGAGGGAGACAUUUGCAUGAAUUUCCCCUGCUGAGUAUGUAUUCCAUUUUGAGGGAGGAAGGUUUUUUAGUGUAAAAACUCUCUCGCCAUUGGCGCACAGAGGUCAAUCCUGACAGAAGCCAGAGGUCACAGAGGUAAAUCCACAACAUUAGUUCAUACUAGUGGAUUUCACCAUCACCUCAUCGCGAGUCAUGUCCACUACAUGUGCAUUUUAAUAAGUAUUUGUUUUUUUCUUGUUUGAUAUGUUCAGUCUUUUCAAGCAAUAAAAAGUCCCCACUCUAUAUGUUCCCUCAGGCAUACAACAUAAGAUAUGUAGUGAGACACCCUGAGGCCGCCUCCUCUCAAGACCAUGAGGUGUGUUGUGUCAUACGGGCCCGUGCUGAACGCCCCCCACCUCUGUCUCUAGCACACUACUGUGUUGGCUUGCUGUAGAGCAUAGAGCUGUACACAUUAUCCAAAUAAAAUGUAGGAUUGACUAAGCGUG